AUGCUUUUUGCAUUAUUGCUUAGAUCUUUAGAAGCCAGCAGUUAUUAUGAAACAUGUAACGAAAGUCUUCUUGAUCCUGGAUACACCUGUUGCAAUGACAGUCCAUGUAAGGGCGAAUGCGUUCGCAUCGAAGGAUAUUUUGAGAAAGAGACAUGCCUCACGGAAUCCCAAUAUCAAACUUGCUAUACAGGACAAUAUUUCGCAGUAUAUGUUGUAAUUUUUUGCGUUCCUACAAUUGUAUUUUGGGUUUUCUCAUGUGUUACGAAAACAGACGUGCCUUUAUGUACAUGGAUUAGCAAUAUCAUCAUAAAUAUCUCAUUAGGUGCAAUUGUUACCUCAAUUACAUGCUUGUCCAUAAUUCCAAGUCCUGAUUUCCCAAGAUAUUGUAUUACAGCGGGAAUCCUGCUAUUAAUGAUUACGUAUAUCAUGUCUCGCAUGUCAAUAUUAGGAGAUGGUGCUGAAUGCUGCUCCAACGAAAAAUCCAGCGGAUCCUUUAAAGAUAUUCACAAGAAUAAAGAGGAAACUACUUCCAAAUCAUGUUGUUCAUGCUGCUCGCCAAAACCAAUUGAUCCUUUCAAUCCAACCACUGACUCUUGCUGCGGAAUAAAUGAGGACACAAAAGAAAGCACAUAUGAUUGCCUUAGAUUUAUUAGAGAAGUCCGUUCACCACAUGUGACCAGAGAGGAACUCAUUUCUAUCAUGGAUGAAAACGCAUCGAUUCCACCUACACCACAAAAAGGCGGAGUCGCAUAUACAAAUCAUAAUGACAGUAUUAUCAUAGUAAAAGAUGAGAGAGAGCCAAUAAAAUACGGUUCUUGGCAAGAAACUGCACCUCGUGAAAAAAUUACAAAAGAAAAAGUGAUUUACAAAUGCAAUCCUCAUUAUAAAUACAAGGAAAACAUGAGAGAAGAGUUAGAACGUGCUGAUGCUGCUAUUACUGCUAGUGUUAAAGGUGUUUCUGGUCUUGCAAGAUCGUUUGACGUGUUUGACUUCAGUGGAAUGACAAAGAGAGCUAUUUAUGGUGAUAAUUGUGUCUUUAAUGUGUUCCCAACAUGCUGCUACAGAUUUUUCUACGAAAUUCUCUUCAUCCUCGGAUAUAAUGGAAUUUCUGACUUCUUUUGGAACCUAAAUGCACAAAGGAUUGUUUUCAAGUCAAUGAAGGAAAUGUCAAUGGAUGAUUCACUCCGCGCUAAGUUUGGAGAAAGAGAUAAUCUUGAAUUCAUUGACAAUUCGGAUAAUUUAUCUAAAGAAGAGGAAUUUAAGCAGUCCAUUAUCUAA